UCUGUGUCAAACAUGGCUGUGCUUUUGAAGAAAGAAAAAUGCUGAAUUGUGCUGCAGAAUUUCGCCUAAAGAGGAAACCAUGGCUAGACUGGCUGAUUAUUUCAUAGUGGUGGGAUACGACCAGGACAAGUCUGGGUCUGGUGAAGGAUGUGGCAAGAUCAUUCAGCGCUUUCCCAAAAAGGACUGGGAUGGCACGGUAUUUCCCCAGGGUGUGGAGAUGUUCUGCCAGCCUGGUGGAUGGAGGCCGUCUCGUGAGAGGAAGCUCCCGACAUUCUUCACAGUGGUGCUGACAGACAUAGACUCAGAACGACACUUCUGCUCCUGUCUGACCUUCUUUGAGGCAGAGGUCAACCUUCAGGGCUCAAAGACGCUGGAGGCAGAUGGGGAUGUAGCUGAGGAUGUGGAUGAGGAAGAGGAUGGUUUGAUCCAGCCAGCUCAAAUCUUUGCACCCAAAAGUUUGAUUCUUGUCUCCAGGCUGGAUUACCCAGAAAUAUUUAGGGGCUGCUUGGGACUGAUCUACACCGUAUACAUCGACAGUCUGAGCUUCCCUCUGGAAGGGCUGGUGGCAAACCUCUUCACAUGCUUGGUCCCAUUGGGUGGAGGUUCCCAGAAGCUCUUUUCACUGGGAGCAGGGGACCGGCAGCUCAUCCAGACCCCACUCAAUGACACUCUGCCAGUCAGCGGUAAAAGUGUAGCGCUCCUCUUCCAGCAGUUAGGAAUCCAGAAUGUUCUUAGUCUCUUCUGUGCGGUUCUGACAGAGCACAAGGUUUUGUUCCACUCUUCCAGCUAUCAGAGACUAGGAGAGGCCUGCCGUGCCUUAGAGUCCCUUAUGUUUCCUCUUAAGUACAGCUACCCCUACAUUCCCGUCCUCCCAUCUCGACUGCUGGAGGUGUUGAGCUCGCCUACGCCCUUUAUCAUCGGAGUGCACUCCAUGUUCCAGAGCGAGAUCCAAGAGCUGCUCGAUGUGGUCAUUGCUGACCUUGACGGAGGAACAAUUAAAAUACCGGAGUGUAUACACCUCUCCCAGCUCCCCGAACCCCUGUUGCACAAUACUCAAAAAGCACUGUCCAUGGUUUUGCACCCAGAUCUGGAAGGAGCAGAUAAUGCCUUCCCACCCCCUCGUUCUGCUCCAUCCAACCUCAAACUGCUGGAUAAGGAGGUGAGGGCUGUCUUCCUGCGCUUGUUUGCACAACUCUUCCAGGGCUACAGGUCCUGUCUGCAGCUCAUUCGCAUCCAUUCCGAACCUGUGAUUCACUUUCACAAGGCUGCCUUCCUGGGCCAGCGGGGCCUGAUAGAAAAUGACUUCCUGACCAAGGUGUUGGAUGGCAUGGCCUUUGCGGGAUUCGUGUCUGAACGGGGACCUCCAUACAGAGCCUGUGAUCUGUUCGAUGAGCUGGUGGCCUUAGAUGUAGACUGCUUUAAGGAGGAAGAAGAGAACCUGGUCAAGUUCCAGAAGCGCUUGAGAGACCUGUCCGAGCAGCUUUACAAAAACGAGAGCCCGAACCCCCACAUGGCCUUCCAGAAAGUGCCUCGGCCCAUUGAGGGCUCACACCUGCGGGUGCAUGUGGUGCCCUUUCCCUUGUUGGAGGCGGACAGGGUAGAGGAGUUGAUACAGGAGGGCCUGGCCAAGCAGCACUCUGCCCCUAUCAGUACCCGUCCAGAGAGGAAGUGUGUGGUGCCCGCCGGACCCCCUGUGGUGUCUAUCAUGGGCAAGCCCAGCUCAGUUUUUAACAGCGCUCGUAGACUGGAGGUGGUCCGGACGUGCAUCGGUUUCAUCUUCGACAACAAGACUCUGGAGACAGAGAAGGCACUCCCUGCGGCUCUUCGGGCCCUGAAAGGCAAAGCAGCACGCCAGUGCCUGACCGUAGAGCUCAGCCACCGCGUGCAGCAGAACCGUGCUAUUCUGGACCACCAGCAGUUUGAUCAUAUCGUUCGCAUGAUGAACUGCGCUCUACAGCUGCUGCGGGUUCUGGAGCUGAAAGUUGUGCAAGCCCAGCAGAGGUCUGGCAUGCGAAAACUGGCAGCUGGAGUGGACCAGUUCUCCUACACCUGCGUACAAGACCAUCCCAUCUGGACCAAUCAGCAGUUCUGGGAGGCCACCUUCUACUCUGAGGUGCAAAACCAGAUCAGAGCGCUUUACCUCACUGCCCCUGAGGAGAAACAACUCAUCACUGCCAAGAUCAAGGAACAUAGCACACUGUCCACAGCAUCCAGUGAGUCAGAACAAACCGCUAUGGACCUCGCAGCAGAGCAGUUGCGUACUUGGCCCAGUCUGAGCAAAGAGAAGCAGCAGGAGCUGGUGAAGAAUGAGGAGAGCACAGUGUUCAGCCAGGCCAUCCACUAUGCCAGCCUGAUGGUCUACCUGCUCGUACCGCUGGAUACCAGCAAAACCAAGCUGCUGCGCUCCACCCCUGCAACUGACUGGGAGAGCGGCAGCAACAGCAUCCUCACAAACAGUAUUGCAGGGAGUGUGGCUGAGAGCUUUGACACUGAGAGCGGAUUUGAAGACUCUGAGACCAGUGAUGUUGCCAACUCUGUGGGGAGGUUCAUCUCUCGUUUCAUUGACAAAGUGUGUACAGAGAGUGGAGUGACACAGGGUCACAUCAAGAGUCUGCAUAGUAUGAUUCCAGGUCUUGUGGCAAUGCAGAUGGAGACUCUAGAGGCAGUUCAUAGAGAAAGCAGAAGACUGCCUCCCAUUCAGAAGCCCAAGAUCCUGCGGCCUGCCCUGCUGCCUGGAGAGGAGCUGGUGUCCGAGGGGCUACGGGUGGUCUUAGACCCAGAUGGUCGAGAGGAAGCCACUGGCGGACUUCUGGGAGGACCGCACAUUUUGCCAGCAGAGGGAGCACUCUUCCUCACCACUUAUCGUAUCGUUUUCAAAGGCACUCCACACGACCCACUAGUUGGCGAACAGGCCGUGAUCAGGAGUUUUCCGGUAUCCACUCUAACUAAGGAGAAGAAGAUCACCAUUCAGAACCAGCUACAGCAAAACAUGCAGGAGGGGCUUCAGCUGAGAUCUGCCUCUUUCCAGCUAAUUAAGGUGGCGUUUGAUGAGGAGGUGAGCUCAGAGAUGGUAGAGAUCUUCAGGAAACACAUGCAACGUAUCCGCUACCCACCAUCCAUCUUCAGUACCUUUGCCUUUGCAGCGGGACAAACGGCACCACAGCUCAUAUUACCCAAGCAGAAAGAGAGAAACACGGGCUUUCGAACACUAUCUAAGACCAUUGUGAAGGGGGCUAAAAGGGCAGGCAAGAUCACAAUGGGCCGCCAGUCCACUCUGAAGAAAAACGAAAAGGGCAGUCGCAUGACGUGGCACGAGGAUGAUGACAUCUCCAUCUCAGAUGAUGGUGAGCCCCCUGCCAGCAGCACACUGAAGUCCUCAGAGAAGUCCACUAUGGAGCAGUUAGUGGAGCGAGCCUGUUUCCGUGACUACCAGAGGCUGGGCCUGGGUACCAUUAGCGUUAGUUCCACACGGUCUAAAAGCGGAGAGCAGUUCCGAGUUACGGCAGUCAACAGGCUCUACUCAUUGUGUCGCAGUUACCCUGGUCUCCUGGUGGUGCCUCACACUGUGCAGGACAGCAGUCUCCAUAAGGUGUCCCGCUGCUACCGGCACAACCGCCUGCCAGUCGUGUGUUGGAAACACCUUCGCACCAAAGCGGUUUUACUUCGUUCGGGUGGUUUUCAUAGCAAGAGUGUGGUUGGACUUUUCAAGUCUCAGAACCCUUCUUCAGCAGCUCCGACUUCCUCAGAGACCUCCAGCAGUCUGGAACAAGAGAAAUACCUGCAGGCCAUCCUCAGCUCCAUCCCCAUCUACUUCAAAUCCAACGGCAGCAACACUCUCACCAACCGUUCCCUCAUCGGCUUGUCCCCAGCAAGCGAAAGAAGGGCAUCAAGAAUACCAAAGAUGGCCCCUGUCCAUUUGGACAUUUCCUUCACCAAUAGCUUCACCAGAGGAGUACUUGGGUACAGGGAUAAACUAUUCACUCACUCAAACCAAAAAGCUUCAACUAAGGGAAGAAUUCACAAUCAAGGUGUGUGGGCUAGUCUGCGCUCUAGCAGCAGAUUCAUCCAGCAUCCCGCUGCUGCCGACGUGGGCACGCGGUUGGCUGGCAAGGAUCUGGCGCCCCCUACAGGCAUUGAGAACCUCCUGGCCCAACUCCUCAAGCAUCAAGCCGCUCUCUACAUCUUUGGCGAAAAGUCUCAUCUCAGGGGCUUAAGACUGGACUCAGCACUGAACUGUGAACUGGUGCCAGUAGAGUUUGCAGACACAAGACAGGUGAAGGGCUCCUUCAAGAAGCUUCUGAGGGCGUGUGCACCCAGUUCCAUGUCCUCAGACACAGAGGACUCAUUCCUUAAGGCUCUGGAGGAGAGCGAAUGGAUGCUACAGCUACACAAGCUGCUGCAGCUGGCUCUGGUUGUGGUGGAGUUGCUGGACUGUGGAUCAUCUGUACUAGUUAGUCUUGAGGAUGGCUGGGACAUUACCACUCAGGUGGUUUCCCUUGUGCAGGUGCUCAGUGAUCCAUUCUACAGAACCUUAGAGGGGUUUCAGGUGCUUUUGGAGAAAGAGUGGCUGUCUUUUGGCCACAAAUUCAGCCAACGUGGCAACCUAACCCCCAGCAGCCAGGGCAGCGGCUUCACUCCCAUCUUCCUCCAGUUUCUUGACUGUGUCCAUCAGGUUCAUAACCAGUACCCCCUUGAGUUUGAGUUUAAUCAAUACUAUCUGAAGUUUCUGGCAUACCACUACAUCUCCAAUCGCUUCAAAAACUUCCUUCUGGACUCGGACUACGAGCGCCUGGAGCACGGCACAUUGUUUGAGGACAAAGGAGACAAGCAGUCCAAGAGAGGAAUCUGUAUCUGGGAGUGUAUCAGCCGAAUGCACCGCAAGAGCCCUCUCUUCUUUAACUACCUGUACAGUCCCUCAGAGAUGGAGGCAGUGUUGAAACCACUAAUUUCGAUCCCCAAUCUGACGACAUGGGAGUUCUACACAGGGGAGACGCUGUCCACAGGCCCGUCUUAUGACUGGCGUAUGCUCACUGUGCGCUCUCAGAGCACCGAAGAGCCAGACACCAUCGCCACCACCAAGAGGAGGAUCGUCUGGCCAUGUUACAGCAGCGUCAGCCGUGCCCAGCCUGAUGCCAUCACCAAACUCUUGGCUGACAUUGAGAGGCUGGCGGGAGAACUGGGACAGCAGUCUGAGCCCUGGCACACCACGCUGGAGAAGGUGCGAGACAGCAUCCAAGAAGACCUCAAACAGGAAGGCAAUCUGCGGAAACAGUCAGUGUCCAUCUCUGGUUUGGUCCCCACCUCCAACCUGCAGGCCUAUCAGCGACACUCCAUGUUGCACCUACCUGACAGCGACCUCGGAGAGGACAGUAGUCCCACUGCAGUCAACGGGGUUAAUCGCAGGGCAGCCACGCUCUACAAUCAGUUUACCACAAAGAAUGAAGACAACAGAUCAUUUGAGGGAAUCCUGUACAAGCGAGGGGCAUUACUUAAAGCUUGGAAAGCUAGGUGGUUUGUUCUGGACAUAACAAAACAUCAGCUGAGGUAUUAUGAGACGGAUGUGGACACAAGCUGUCGUGGCUAUAUUGACCUGGCUGAAGUGGAAUCUGUCCUGAUUGCCACACCAACUAUAGGAGCCCCCAAACACAUCAGUGAAAAGGCUUUCUUUGAUCUGAAGACCACUAAACGGGUGUACAACUUCUGUGCAGCAGAUGCUCAGAGUGCCCAGCUAUGGAUUGAUAAGAUCCAGAGCUGCAUCUCAGAUGCAUGAAGCCGUUUUCUUCUACAUGGCUCAUCAGCACCACCUCUCACUGCAGGGAGACUCACUGUGCAAUUAGUAGGACCGUAGUAAAGCCUUCAGUGACUGCUGAAAAUCCAAAAGACUCCUGAGAAACACUGCACCUGAACAGUGACGUAGAAAAACACUGCCCCGUUCACUCGUCUGUGGAGCUGCAUUUACUGUGUCCCACUACCUGUGCUCAAAAACUUGAUCCUGAGCUUCUGUUUCAGGUGAUUGAUGAAAACGAUGCAAUGCACUACUCUGACAUUUGCUGAACAAACUGCUACAUGCAACUAAGACAAAGCAAUAGCACUAAUCUUAAACUCGGGGUUCAAAAUAGUAGUGACAAGAAGUGUGUUCUGCAAAACAAAAAUACUGUUGCUGCUGUUAAAAUGCAAAACAACUACCCAAAUCUGACAAAUAUUUAGAAAGAUGCACAAUGUGUAAAAGGCAAAUGAUUUGCACUUAAUGAUAUGCACUCCAUACAAAACAGAUUUUUAAUGGCUAGAACAACUAGGUUAAAGGUGUUAGGUUUUAACUACACACAAAAGCUUGGAGCAGACAACUUUAUGCUCUAGUGUGCAAAGUAUUUUUUAUAUAUAUUUGCAAAAACUUUUUUUUCAGUAUGAAUGUUAUACUCAUGCGUAACAGAGUUGUUGUUCUGUAAAUUAUUUUUUAAACAAAGUGUCACCUGUGUGUUUUUGUUGAAUGGAGAGUCUUAUGUACAUAUUACAAUUCCAACUUUUUAUACUCUGCUGAAUAUGCUGUUAAAUAUAGUAUGUCUAACUUGAAAUAAACACUCAUAUUUAUACUUAAUUACUGACAAUUUACGGACCAAGCAAAGCACAUCCUGCCUGAGAUGGUUAUCAGUAAGUCGUUUUGUUUGAAAUGAAGGGAAGAACACUAUAUUUCUCCAUUCUCUGUGACGUUACAUGUGAUAUUGAUGGCUCUAUGCGGCACUAAGGUUUUAUCCAUUUGUUUUGGUAGCGUAUCUGUAAAGUUUUAAGAAACACUCAAAAAAAAAAAAUAUCAGACAAGAUGUGAUGUUACUGAACCUAAAAUGACAUUACUGUAUGUAACAAUAAUUUGUAGUGCCACUAAUGUUUCUGGUUUGUUUACUGUUUUUGGUUAUAUUUUAUUUUGGGUUUUG